CCAAACGGGACAACAUCUGCUCCAUAUCAAGAUACCACCGCAUUGACCAAUCUUGCUCUGGAGUUGUUAUCUAUUCAGCAACAAUGUGGGUGCAAAGUUGCUUUCAAUAAAACUCUGACGCAUGUAGAAUUUAUAAGCUUCGAAGACAGAGGAAACCAUUCCCUAGCUCUUCAACGCAUUGGAGGUGAACUGUUCAAAGUCACCCAGCACACUCUUCCCGAGCUUGCUGUUUCCGAAAUGUUCAAAAGACAGACAACACUGCAAAGGCAUGUACAGGUGUUUAUGGAUACACUCGAGCAGCUGGAAGAGUUUUACAACAAUCUCAGUACAAUCGACGAACUGUGUUAUGUGAUCCUUCCUGCAACAAUAGACACCAAAACCACGUAUAGAAUCUUUAAAUACGAUCAGAAAGUGUUUCUGAAGAUUUCCCUCCAUCCGCUGCAACCAGCCGCAGUUGAUAUUGCAUUUUUCGGGCCAACGAAACAAGUUGCGAACCUGAGAGAAAUAUACGACGAAAAGCAGGACGAUUGGGAUCCCGAAUGUAACGUACACACCAACCUGGUUCGAAUAUUCAACAUAAUCGCUUUCCCGAUGCGUCCUGCGGGCAAUCUGUCUGAAAGUGUGCAGACCAAUGAGGAGAAUUGUGGGAUUUGCAUGAACUAUCACGAUGCAGAUGAUCGAGUACCAAUAAUUUCGUGCGACAACGAACAAUGCAAUCUAAUUUUUCAUAUCCAUUGUCUCAAGGAGUGGUUUUCUACACAGCGUGAAAGUAAGAAAAUUUUCACCAUCUCUAUAGGCAACUGUCCGUACUGCACGCAUAAAAUUUCUUCCAGCUUUGAGGAGAUGCUGGAAAUGCUGAAAUGAACGGAACUAAAUAAAUAAUCCAGCACCCGUAA